AUGAGAAAAAGCGAGUGUGAGGAGGACUGCAUCGACUUCCAGGGCCAUUCGGUGGCCCAUGGCCUUCUGUACGUGCCCGGCCCUGGAGUAUGCUCCUUGUGCGUAUGCUACCAUAGUGAACCUUUGUGGUGCAAGGCGAUCUACUGUGAUCCACCAUACUUCUGCAAGAAUUUCCGGGUGGGCGAGCGCUGCUGCGAGUUCGAGUGUCUCGAUCCUCCGGGCGAGGACGACAUGUACCAGGCGAGGCUCCGGAAAAGGGCAGAGGUGCUCGCCAACAGUUCAAACGCCUCCUUUGCGCCCCCAAAUUUAAAUAGGACUUACAAUCUGGCGAUCAUUCUGCAGAUUUUAGUCGGAUUCUUUCUCAAUAUGGUUCUGCACAGGCACACGCUGUGAUAGGUUCAGCAGCCACAUUCAAUUUCGGCUAUUCGCAAUCUCUUCAGCUAUACGCAUAAAAUUAGGUAAAAAUCAAAAU